AUGUGGCUCAUCGACACCGAGAGUCUGAGGCUUCAUGCUUUCAUGCCUCCAGACCUCCCACCGUACGCCAUACCAUCUCAUACCUGGGGAUCCGGAGAAGUGACCUUCCAGGAGUUUGCAGAACUCAAUACUGCCAAAGAAAAAGCCGGCUACACCAAGAUUCAGAAGACAUGCGAGCUCGCUAGGCAGAAUGGUCUGGAAUGGGCAUGGGUGGACACCUGCUGUAUCGACAAAUCUUCAAGUGCCGAACUCUCGGAGGCGAUCAACUCAAUGUUCGAGUGGUACGAGCUUUCAGCCAUCUGCUUUGCUCAUCUCGCGGACCUACCUGUUGAGUCUCCCACGCUAUGGAUGUCCGAGUCUGGCGUGUACAAGCGCGCGUGUCGCUGGUUCGAACGUGGGUGGACCCUUCAAGAGCUCAUUGCGCCCAAGACGCUCGAGUUCUUUGACUGCGAAUGGAACUCACGCGGCUUCAAGACCGACAGCGCCGCCCUGCGGCAAUUGUCGGCGAUGACGGGGAUACAUGGCAAGACUGCCCGAUGCUUGCUCGGUCUCUUCCGUGUCAAUAUGCCCUUGCUCUAUGGAGAGGGCUCGCGAGCUUUCAUGCGACUUCAGGAAGAGAUUCUCAAAAACAGCACCGACAUGUCUCUCUUCUGCUGGACCGCACCACAGGAAGCAUGGCAGCAGUGCCGCGGGUUACUGGCACGACAUCCCUCGGAGUUCGCGUCGUGGUACGAUACAGAAUCUACCUCACGAAAGUCCAUCAGCUGGGCCAUGUGCGAGCAAGAGAAGGAAUUCUCAUCGACUAACAAAGGGAUCCGCAUGGAUGCAACCCUGGCGAGUUUCUUCGUUCAUGGCGAGAACAGAACGUGUCUGAGAUGUACGCUAUUCCCAGAUGAUUAUGUCGUCUUCAUACCGUUGCGAUACCACCGGGACAACAUCUACGUUAGGGAGCUUCCUACCACCAUCAUUCCCUCACGUACAACACGGCACGAACAGGAAACUAUAUACAUCGCCAAGGACGUGGAUGAGCGUAUGUCGAUCAAUCUGCAGGCCAAGAUGGCGGAGACUUUGAGCAUCGACAGUUCCCUGCUUCCGGCCAAAUUCUCAUUGGAGAUGAUGGAGACCUGGCCCAAAAAUUUGUGGCAGUCACAGCGACAGCAAUAUGCCCUGCCCGGAUCAAAACUGUUUACUUGCAUCACUUCAUACAGCGUCUACUUUGAGACUGUCAAGGUCGGUGAGCCUCUGCGUUACGCCUUGAUUCCUCUGCAAGAAGCAACCGGCCGUGCCGGUAUUAUGUCGCAGAUAAAAGACCACGAGAGCAGUGGUGCUCGGGGGCAGCCUAUUGAAGCCUUUAGUUUGAUGGAGCAAUUCAUCAUUGAUGGCCGCCAAGCAGUGGACCUUUCGCACGGGGAUCUCAGCUUCUCACUUUUCGUAACGCGAUACUCUGAGACUGAGGAGAGCUCCGACAAACUGUAUUUGAAGGUCACUUCUUUCCAGGACCUUCUGCAUCCAUUACCCAUCAGGAAAUCAAAGCCCAUCCCGAUCGGCGAUAGUAAGGGGCCUGGUCAUCGUCUCGAACGUGCUCCUCAAAUUGUAGGGGAUGGCGCCGUAGUGCAGCCACCGAAACCAUCCGACAUCGCGGAAGCGGAGCGAGAGAACUCUGGAUAA